AUGUGGCUGUUGGGAACGCCGUGGCCCGCCAUAUGCGCGAGACGGGCUGCAGCCGGCGCUAACUCGGUAGCAGCCCACUACGAUGUGACAUACAGCAAGGGCCCGGUUACCGAGAACCCCGUCGUAGCUUGCAUAAAACGGUCUGUUGUAUGCAUCUCAAAUGCUGAGUGGUCCUUUCGGGGAUUUCUGAAACCCUCCCUGGUUGAGGUUCCCCUUAGCUGGGACCCCCAGAUGCAAGUCAUCGACGGGAAGAUCCGAGUCAUCCGAAUAAUUGCUGCGGCGGACGUGACAUUCCGGCCAGGUCGUGUCUCCAAUCAAUCGGUCCAGACUAAGGUGAAGAUCUCCCGAUGGGAACAUAGGUCGCCUGCCCCAGGAGGCGUAAUGGGGGGUGGAGGAGGAGGGGGGAGGGGGGACACAAACAAGUCCAGUUUUGGCUAUAUAUAG